AUGCAAAUCAAGACUUCAUCUACUUUAGCCAAUUUGCUGCAAAUCUGCAUCGAUCACAGGGCCCACAAGGCGGCUAAACUCGUCCAAGCUCACAUCUUUCGAACCAACCAGCUCUCCGACACCUUCCUCGUAAACCGUCUCAUCGAGCUCCACUCAAAAUGCGGCGACACGGCCGCCGCCCGCCGCCUGUUCGACCGGAUGCCCCUCAGGAACAUAUUCUCCUACCACGCCGUUUUAGAUCAUUACUGCAAAAUGAAUGACCUGGGCAGCGCGCUCCAAGUGUUCGAUCAAAUGCCCCUGAAGAACUCUGUUUCUUUUAAUCAGAUAAUCAGCUUGCUUGCUCGAAAUGGGCAGAAGGAGGCUGCCUUGGAGAUCUAUCGCUCGAUGAGAUUGAGCGGGUUCGGGCCGACCCGUUUCACGCUGGCGAGCGUUCUGAGCGCGUGUGGGGGCUUGAGCAAUAGAAAUUGUGGCAGGGAGUGCCACGUGGCAGCCAUAAAGCUCGGGCUCAGUUCGAAUUUAUACGUGGGUAAUUCGUUGUUGUGCAUGUACAUGAAGUGUGGGUCCAUUCUUGAUGCGAUUAUGGUUUUUGAGGACUUGCCGGAACAUAACGAGGUGUCGUUUACUGCGAUGAUGGAGGGUUUGGUGGGAGCUGGCCGUUUAGAUGAAGCGUUCGGCAUUUUUCGGUUGAUUCAUGGCGAGGGGCUCAUCGACCCUGUAUCGAUAUCGAGCGUAUUGGGAAGUGUUUGUUCCAAAAGUACAGUCGAUAAGUUUCUUUUAUGCGAUGAUAAAAAUGAAAUGGGGCGUGAGAUUAUUGGGAGACAAAUUCACGGGCUUCUUGUUAAACUAGGAUUCGAGCAAGACCUGCACGUAAGCAAUUCAUUGCUCGAUGUGUACGCAAAACACGGAUUUAUGCAAUGUGCGGAAAUUUUAUUCCACAGUAUGACAAAAGUUAAUGUUGUCUCGUGGAAUGUUAUGAUAGCUGGAUAUGGAAAACAGGACCAAAUUGAAAAGGCAAUCGAGUCUGUUAAUAGAAUGCGGAGUUGCGGAUUUGAGCCUAACGAGGUCACUUACGUCAGUUUGCUUACCGAAUGCUUGAGAAGUGGGAACGUCGAAACAGGAUUCGAGAUAUUCAAUAGUAUACCUUCCCCGAGCCUCACCUCGUGGAAUGCUAUACUCUCUGGAUUUUCACAGAACGAGUGUUAUAAUGAGGUCGUGAAGCUUUUCAGGGAAAUGCAGUUCGAAUGUGUGGGGCCUAACCGAAUGACUUUAUCUGUUGUUCUCAGUUCUUGUGCUGGAAUCGGGUUUCUUGAAGGUGGCCGACAAAUCCAUGCCGCCUUUUUGAAAUCCGAAUUUAAUAGUGACUUACAUGUUGCAACUGGGCUCAUUGGUGUUUACUCGAAAUGCGGAAGAUUAGAAGAUGCAAAGGGUAUUUUCGACAAUUUGCCCCAACACGACGUAAUUUGUUGGAAUUCCAUGUUAGCCGGUUUAGCCCUUAAUAAUAAUCCGUGCAUAGUAAAGGCUUUUACUUUCUUUAAUCAAAUGUUGGUUAAAGGAAUAUUACCUACCGAAUUUUCUUACGCCACAUUACUCAAUUGCUGUUCGUCACUACUGUCUCUGUCCCGAGGGAGGCAAGUUCAUGGUUCGGUCGCGAAAAAGGGGCACGAGAAUGAUGUCUAUGUGGGGACAGCUCUUGUCGACAUGUACUGCAAGUGUGGCCAGGUCAGCGAGGCAAAGAAGUUUUUCGACGCGAUGACGUGUAAAAGUACCGCCACCUGGAACGAGAUGAUAAACGGGUAUGCCCGACUCGGGCGGGGGCACGAAGCCAUUAAUUUAUUCGGAAAAAUGGUUGAAAAUAAUUACGAGCCCGACUCGGUAACUUUUGUCGCCGUUUUAACUGCUUGCAGUCAUUCGGGAUUGGCCGAUGUGGGAUUGAGAAUUUUUAACUCGAUGCGGGGAGAAAAUUUUGGUUUGAAGCCGCUGAACAAUCACUACGCUUGCAUAGUCGAUUGUUUGGGUCGUGCGGGUCGGUUUAGUGAAAUCGAACGGAUUAUUGAUGAGAUGCCAUGCAAAGAUGAUCGAAUUGUUUGGGAGGUUUUGCUGAGUGCUUGCAGGGUUCAUGGGUGUGUCGAGUUAGCAAGAAAGGCGGCUAACGAGCUUUUUCGGUUGGACCCAAGUGAUUCGGGUCCUUACACGCUUUUAGCUAAUAUGUAUUCGUCGUUAGGUAGAUGGGACGACGUAAAAGAUGUUCGAAGUGUGAUCGGAGAGUGGUUGAUACCCAAGGAACCUGGUUAUAGCUGGGUUUGA